AUGGGGCGUUUGGUUGGCUUAGAGCUGAGUAAUUUCAAGUCCUACAGAGGAAUCACCAAAGUAGGAUUUGGUGAAUCGAACUUCACAAGUAUUAUCGGGCCUAACGGUUCCGGUAAAUCAAAUAUGAUGGAUGCCAUUUCGUUUGUGCUUGGUGUACGGAGUAAUCAUUUGAGGUCAAACAUCUUAAAGGAUUUAAUCUAUAGGGGGGUCUUGAACGAUGGUAAUGAUGACGAUAUUGACAGUGCUGGUGACGAUGAUGCGAUUAUCUCCAACCCAAACUCUGCAUACGUGAAGGCAUUUUACCAAAAGGGGAGCAAACUAGUAGAGCUUACGAGGCUAAUUUCUAGAAAUGGUGACACUACUUAUAAGAUCGAUGGGAAAACUGUCACCUAUAAGGACUACUCCAUAUUCCUAGAAAAUGAAAAUAUUCUUAUCAAAGCUAAAAAUUUCUUAGUGUUUCAGGGUGAUGUUGAACAAAUUGCCGCCCAAUCUCCCACGGAUUUAUCUAGAAUGUUUGAAGAAGUAUCAGGUUCCAUUCAAUACAAAAAGGAAUAUGAUGAGUUAAAGGAAAAAAUCGAAAAGUUAAGUAAAUCCGCAACCGAAUCCAUCAAAAACAGAAGGAGAAUUCACGGAGAGUUGAAAACAUACAAAGAAGGUAUCAAUAAGAAUGAAGAAUACAGAAAACAAGUUGACAAAAAAAAUGAAUUACAAAAAUUUCAGGCCCUAUGGCAACUAUAUCAUUUAGAACAGAAGAAGGAAGAGCUAACGGAUAAGUUGUCGGUAUCAAACUCUGAAAUAUCAUCGUUGAAAGAAAGAAUAAAUAACGAAACAAAAUCACUACAACGCUCAAAAUCUUCCUUUGUCAAGGAGAGUACUGUUAUUUCUAAACAGAAGAGUAAACUAGACUAUAUUGUCAAGGAUAAAGAAAAGCUAGUUUCGGAUUUACGGCUAAUAAAAGUGCCUCAGCAAGCAGCAGGAAGACGUAUAUCUCAUAUCGAGAAAAGAAUUGGAAGUUUACAGAGAGAUCUUGAAAGACAAGAAUCUUAUGUAGAGAGAUUUGAAACACAACUAAAAGUGAUAACCAAAUCAAAGAAAACUUUCGAAGAUGAAAUCAAAGAAUCUGCGAGAAACUAUGAUAAGUUCAAGUUGAAUGAAAAUGAUUUAAAAGCCUACGAUAAUUUGCAUGAAAAAUACUUAACUCAAGGUGGGUCGAUCCUAGAAGAAAAAAUCUCGCUUUCCAAUAACGAUAAACAGGAAAUUGUAGAUGAAUUAGACAGAUUCAACAAAAGAGCUGACAUAUCCAAAAGAAGAAUAACAGAAGAACUUUUCAUAACGGGUGAAAAGUUGGACACUCAACUGAAUGAUUUAAGAGCGUCUUUGAACGAAAAAAAUGCCCUUCAUACUGAACGUUUAAAUGAACUAAAAAAGCUACAAUCUGACAUUGAGUCCGCGAAUAACCAAGAAUACGACUUGAAUUUCAAAUUGAGAGAAACCUUGGUCAAGAUCGAUGACUUGAGUGCUAACCAAAGAGAAACAAUGAAAGAAAGAAAAUUAAGGGAAAAUAUAGCAAUGUUGAAAAGAUUUUUUCCUGGGGUGAAAGGCCUUGUCCAUGAUCUUUGUCACCCAAAAAAGGAAAAAUAUGGCCUGGCAGUGUCCACCAUCUUGGGUAGGAACUUUGAUUCUGUCAUUGUAGAAAAUUUAACAGUAGCCCAGGAGUGUAUUGCAUUUCUCAAAAAACAACGUGCAGGUACCGCAUCCUUCAUACCACUCGACACUAUUGAAACUGAAUUACCCACAUUAUCUUUACCUGAUUCACAGGACUAUAUUCUGUCAAUAAAUGCCAUUGAUUACGAACCAGAAUACGAAAAAGCAAUGCAGUAUGUAUGUGGUGAUUCUAUCAUCUGUAACACACUAAACAUUGCCAAAGAUUUGAAAUGGAAGAAAGGCGUCAGAGCUAAGUUAGUUACGAUCGAAGGGGCUUUAAUUCAUAAAGCCGGUUUAAUGACAGGUGGUAUAUCGGGUGACACUAAUAAUAGAUGGGACAAAGAAGAGUAUCAAAGCUUAAUGUCCUUGAAGGACAAGUUACUAAUACAAAUAGACGAGCUUUCCAACAAUCAACGGUCUUGUUCCAUUAGGGCCAGGGAGGUCGAAAACAGUGUUUCGCUAUUGAAUUCCGAUAUAGCAAGUUUGAGAACUCAGGUGACCCAACAAAAGCGUUCCUUGGAUGAAAAUAAACUAGAGAUAAAAUACCAUAAUGACUUGAUAGAUAAUGAAAUCCAACCAAAGAUAACCGAAUUGGAGAAAAAACUAGGACAUUUGGAAGAGACUAAAAAUGAAUUAGAGAAAGAGAAGGAAGCGUUACAAAGUGAAGUUUUCAAAGAAUUUACAGAGAAAAUCGGGUUCUCUAUUAAAGAGUAUGAAAGCCAUUCCGGCGAACUAAUGAGACAACAAUCGAAGGAAUUGCAACAAUUGCAAAAACAGAUCUUAACGGUGGAGAAUAAGCUGCAGUUCGAAACAGACAGACUGAACACUACCCAAAGGAGAUGUGAAAAGGCACAAAGAGAUCUGGCGAAUGUUCAAAUUGAAAUGAAGUCUUUGGAAGAACAAGAGGAGGCAACAGAAACAAAAAUCAAGGCAAUAGAGUCUAAGUUGGAAGAAAACAAAGCGCACUUGGAAGAGUUGCAAAAGAAAUUCAUAGCCAACCAAACUGACUUGAAUUCCAGCGAGGACAUUCUGGAAGAUUUAAAUAAUAACUUACAGGCGUUGAAAAGGGGGAGAGACGGUAUCAAAGAAGAUAUCGAGAAGUUUGAUUUGGAAAGAGUUACAGCGUUAAAGAAUUGUAAAAUUUCUAACAUAAAUCUACCUAUAUUAUCGGAAACGACAAUAGACGAUCUGCCCAUUUCUUCCGGAGAUUCUGAGGCAAUUUCAAUUUCUAAUAAUAUUGAUGUAGAUUAUCAAGGUUUACCCAAGAAAUACAAAGAAAAUAGUAACGACUCAGCAAGAAAGGAGCUAGAGCAAAAGAUUGCUGAAGCAGACGAAAUAUUGAAUGAGUUACAACCCAAUGCAAGAGCUGUAGAGAGGUAUGACGAAGCAGAAGAAAGAUUCGAUGUGAUCAAUAACGAAACAGAAGAACUAAAGUCGGAAGAGAAAAAAAUACUGAACCAGUUCUUGAAAAUCAAGAAGAAAAGGAAGGAACUGUUCGAAAAGACUUUUGACUACGUGAGUGACCAUUUAGAUGCGAUCUACAGAGAGCUAACCAAAAACCCCAAUUCCACGGUGGAGUUGGCCGGCGGCAAUGCCUCUUUGACCAUUGAAGACGAGGACGAACCAUUCAAUGCGGGCAUCAAAUACCAUGCCACUCCACCUCUGAAAAGAUUCAAGGACAUGGAAUACCUUUCUGGUGGUGAGAAGACCGUGGCCGCGCUGGCUCUUCUAUUCGCUAUCAACUCUUACCAGCCAAGUCCCUUCUUCGUCCUCGAUGAAGUGGACGCAGCUCUCGACAUCACCAACGUCCAAAGAAUCGCAGCCUACAUAAGAAGACACCGCAAUCCGGACCUCCAGUUCAUUGUCAUUUCGCUGAAGAACACCAUGUUCGAAAAGUCUGACGCCCUCGUUGGUGUUUACAGACAGCAACAAGAAAACUCCUCCAAGACCGUAACCUUGGACUUGAGCAACUACGCCGAAUGA